CCAAAUUCUUUUAUACAAAACCCUAACAAAGAAUUCGAGGUCUAGGGUUUUCGAAUCCCUCCUCCGUCUCCGUCGCGCCUCCCCAAGAAUGAACACGUUUACUAAUUUCCACAUAUAUCUGAAGAUACGCGUGGAUCAUCUUGGUCAUUUCCGAUUAUAAAGUUUGGAGACCAUUUCAGUCAUUUGACCUUCUAGUUGCAUUCCCUAUGUUAGACAUGGAAGAAAAUACAAACCUAGGAAAGCGGAAGCAACCAGAUGAAGAUUCACAGAACAAAUCUGGAGAGGCCAGUUCAGUUAACCCCACAUCUAGCCCUAAACACCGGAGUGUUUCACGGACAUGUGUUCAUGAGGUUGCUGUCCCCAAGGACUAUACUUCAUCCAAAGAUGAAUCUAUUUAUGGUACCCUUGAAGAUCCAUCCUACAAUGGCAAGAUGGCCAAAUCAUACAUGUUUGAGUUAGACCCUUUCCAAUCCAUUGCAGUUGCUUGCUUAGAAAGAAAUGAAUCUGUUUUAGUUUCUGCACACACCUCAGCUGGUAAGACUGCCGUUGCGGAGUAUGCCAUUGCAAUGUCCUUUAGAGACAAGCAAAGAGUCAUUUAUACCUCCCCUUUAAAGGCUUUGAGCAACCAGAAGUACAGAGAGCUGAGCCAGGAGUUCUCAGAUGUUGGGCUGAUGACCGGUGAUGUUACCCUUUCACCGAAUGCUAGUUGCUUGGUCAUGACAACAGAAAUUCUCAGAGGAAUGCUCUAUAGGGGCUCAGAGGUCAUAAAGGAGGUAGCAUGGGUAAUCUUUGAUGAAAUUCACUAUAUGAAGGAUAGGGAGAGGGGGGUUGUAUGGGAAGAAAGUAUAAUCUUCCUGCCUCCAGCUAUUAAGAUGGUAUUUCUUUCUGCUACCAUGUCAAAUGCUACAGAAUUUGCUGAGUGGAUCUGUAAUUUACAUAAGCAGCCUUGCCAUGUGGUCUACACAGACUUCAGGCCAACACCGUUGCAACACUAUGUGUUUCCCAUGGGUGGGGCUGGUCUAUACUUAGUUGUGGAUGAGAAUGAGCAGUUUAAAGAGGGGAAUUUUGCCAAAUUGCAGGAGACAUUCACAAAGCAUAGGGGUAAUGCAUAUGCUAAUAGGAGUGGAGGCGGUAAAGCUUCUGGUAGGAUUGCAAAAGGUGGGGCAGCUUCUUCUGGUUCAGAUAUCUACAAGAUUGUGAAGAUGAUCAUGGAAAGGAAAUUCCAGCCAGUAAUUGUAUUUAGCUUUAGUAGAAGGGAGUGUGAACAACAUGCCAUGUCCAUGUCCAAGCUUGAUUUCAAUAACCAAGAAGAAAAGGAAGUUGUUGAACAGGUUUUUCAAAAUGCGGUUCUUUGCUUGAGCGAAGAAGACAGAUCUUUGCCUGCUAUAGAAUUGAUGUUGCCCCUUCUUCAACGUGGUAUAGCAGUUCAUCAUUCAGGACUUCUCCCAAUAAUAAAGGAAUUGGUGGAGCUGCUCUUCCAAGAAGGCCUUGUCAAAGCCCUUUUUGCCACAGAAACAUUUGCAAUGGGUUUAAAUAUGCCUGCCAAAACUGUUGUCUUCACAUCUGUUAAAAAAUGGGAUGGUGACUCCCACCGUUACAUUGGGUCUGGAGAAUACAUUCAGAUGAGUGGAAGAGCUGGGCGUCGUGGUAAAGAUGAAAGAGGCAUAUGCAUUAUAAUGGUUGAUGAGAAGAUGGAAAUGAAUGUUCUGAAGGACAUGGUCCUGGGUAAACCUGCACCAUUGGUCAGUACGUUUAGACUCAGCUACUACUCAAUUCUUAAUCUAAUGAGCCGUGCUGAAGGCCAAUUUACUGCGGAGCAUGUCAUCAAGAAUUCAUUCCACCAGUUUCAGUAUGAGAAGGCAUUGCCUGAUAUGGGGGAAAGAAUUUCCAAGUUAGAAAAAGAAGUUGCUUUGCUUGAUUCUUCAGGAGAGGCUGACCUCGCUGAGUAUCAUAAAUUGGGACUUGAGAUAGCACAACUUGAGAAGAAGAUGAUGUCUGAGCUUACUAGACCUGAGCGAGCUCUGUACUUUUUGGUACCUGGAAGGCUGGUAAAAGUACGAGAUGGGGGUACUGAUUGGGGCUGGGGAGUUGUAGUUAAUGUGGUGAAAAAGUCUCCACCAGCAGUUGGUUCAAUGCCCCCAGCACUUGCGACUGCACGGACUGGCAGUUACAUAGUGGAUACUUUGCUGCACUGUUCUCCUGAAUUAAAUGAAAAUGGCUCCCGUUCAAAGCCAUGCCCACCUCGCCCAGGUGAAAAGGGCGAAAUGCAUGUGGUUCCAGUGCCCUUGCCUCUUUUAUCUGGUCUCAGUAGUAUUAGAAUUGCAAUUCCUCCUGACCUCAGACCAGCUGAAGCAAGACAAACUGUACUCCUGGCCGUUCAGGAGCUUGGGAAACGCUAUCCACAAGGGCUUCCAAAGUUGAAUCCAGUGAAGGACAUGGGAAUUGAUGAUCCAGAAUUUAUUUCCUUGAUGGAUGAAAUUGAGGAUGUUGAGCGAAAAUUGUUAGCCCAUCCACUUCAUAAGUCUGGGCAAAGUGAACAGCAAUUCAAAUGGUUCCAAAGCAAAGCUGAUAUGAAUCAUGAAAUCCAGCAGCUCAAGGCAAAAAUGCGGGAUUCACAGCUACAAAAAUUUCGUAAUGAACUAAAAAAUAGAUCACGAGUUUUGAAAAUGCUUGGCCAUAUAGAUGCUGAUGGCGUUGUCCAACUUAAGGGACGUGCUGCAUGUUUGAUAGAUACAGGGGAUGAACUUCUUGUCACAGAGCUGAUGUUCAAUGGCACUUUUAAUGACCUUGAUCAUCACCAAGUUGCUGCUCUAGCAAGUUGUUUCAUUCCCGGCGAUAAAUCUAAUGAACAAAUACAUCUAAGAAUUGAGCUCGCAAAACCUCUACAACAACUUCAGGACAGCGCACGACGAAUUGCAGAGAUUCAACGUGAAUGCAAAUUGGACAUUAAUGUGGAUGAAUAUGUGGAGUCUACUGUGAGGCCAUUCUUGAUGGAUGUCAUAUAUUGCUGGUCAAAGGGUUCAACAUUUGCGGAGGUAAUUGAAAUGACCGACAUUUUUGAGGGGAGCAUCAUACGCCAUGCAAGACGACUGGAUGAAUUUCUUAACCAGCUGCGUGCUGCUGCUCACGCUGUUGGAGAGGCUGAUCUUGAGAAGAAGUUUGAAGCGGGCAGCGAGAGCCUCCGUCGAGGCAUAAUGUUUUCCAACUCCUUAUAUUUGUGAGUUUUAGCUUAUCGGGUGCUAGAUAUGUGGCUGUUGUUCCAACCCAAUGUGAAUUUAGGUUCAAGCUCAAGAAAUCCAACGUUCUAACGUUUACUUACGUUGGAGGUGCGCCUUCGCUUCUACUCCGCUCCACCUAAUCCCUGAAGGUAUGCCUUUGCGCCAAACAGGUUCAGUAUUAGUAUUACAUGAGCUUUCUUCUAAAGGUUCUUCAUCCACUAAUCUCUUUUUGAUAUGUUGAUGCUUUUGUUCUUGGUUCACCUCAUAUCGGACAGGCUUCACUGUUGUGCAUCACCUUUGCAUGAUUUUGGCAGGAUAAAUAUAUUGGGCCUUUUUCUUUUCUUUUUGUUUUUUAAUUAACUUAUGCUUAUGUGUGGCCAGGAUUUUAAUAUUAUGCUCAUAUGUGAUAUUAUAAGUGCA